AUGCCUUCCACACCCUACGCCAAAGCGUCUUACGCGGAAGUCGCCUCUGCAUCAUCUAUUCCAUCCACUCACUCGUCAACAUCCAUACACCGCGUCGAGGGUGAGACAGAUCUUGCGCAAACAAGCACUCGUCAACACAUCGAAUGCAGACGAGUGAAGAAGCAGAGGAUGGAGCGUGUGCGACGAGCACGUAUCUCGGACAAGAUUGCACAGCUGCAUGGUCUCGCCCUCUCCAUAGUGGGAGUGGAUGCAGAAACCAAUGUUCGUGCAGAGAAGGUGGAGAUGUUGGGCUUAUGUGACGAGGUGUUGCAUAGUGUGAAGAGGAUGUUAGUGUCGAAUGCAGAUAUGCUGCAACUGUUGAGGGCAUUCCACAGGGACAGUAUUGUGACCAAUGUUGUCUGCCAAAGCAUCACAUGCGAUUGUAGCGUCACCUCUCAACUUGGCUUUUGUGAUAGCAAUGCUCCUCACUCACGCAUUCACUCACUCACCUGGCACCAUCAUCGUCAUCAUCCCCUUCCUGCUCUGAUCACACCGACUGUCGAUUGCCACCGAGGAGACAUCAAGAGAUGUGGGCCCAGUGUAUGUGAAGCGCUGUUGUUGUUACGUAAGUGUCGCAACACGCCAUGA